UCGAUUACACCCCAAUUGUUGCGUUCGUAUGACGAUCACACCGACGGCGUUUGGUGACGAAAGUGUGGAGAUCUUUAUAUACAUAGUAAGACGCGAAGACGCUUUCUCCACGAAGAAAGUGGAACAUUUGUGCACGGUUGUGGCUCGCUGCAUCGCUGAACACAAACCGCAAGUUCAUGCCGUCUCCCCAACUCCGAUGUUGUAGCCUCGAGCCUGCGCCUUAGCAACUGCGAAGGUGGAGUUUGUCGGCAAGUCAUGUUGGACUUCAGCAAGUGGCCUCUGCUCCUGUUGUUGAGCACCGAGGAGCUUGCCACAAUCCAACAGGCCUGUGUCUUUGGAGCAUCUGCGAAUGAGGCCAUCUACAUCACAAACGACAACAAGGUAUUUGUGUUCGGCUUGAACUGCAGUAGCUGCCUGGGAACAGGAGAUGGUAUAAGCACCAUUGUGCCGAAGCAACUGAGCUGCCUGGAGGGGAAGAAGGUGGUUAGCCUGAGCUACGGCAGUGGGCCGCACAUCCUGCUGGCAACGGAGGAUGGGAAGCUAUUUGCUUGUGGGCACAAUGGUUUCUGCCAGCUGGGGAUCGGGACGGCCAACCAGGAGCUGUCCCAGGUGCUGGUCACUGCCAACAUUCAAAACAAGAAAGUAAAAGAGGUGGCGUGUGGUGCACAUCACUCCAUGGUCCUUACAGAGGAUGGAGAGGUCUUUGCAUGGGGUUUUAAUGACUACGGCCAGGUGGGUUCAGGUUCCGUAGCCGUCCAGGCUUUCCCCUUGAAGGUGGGCGGCUCGUUGCAGGGUAAGACCGUGAUGGGUAUCACAUGUGGCCAGUCCUCCUCCAUGGCUCUGCUGGACAACGGAGAGAUUCAUGGGUGGGGCUACAAUGGCAACGGGCAGCUGGGUGUAGGUAACAACAGAAACGAGCUGAUGCCUCGUCGCCUCUCUGCUCUGCAAGAGUCCUGUAUAAAGCAGGUGGUGUCAGGCUUCGGCCACUCCCUCGCGGUAACGGAUAAAGGACUGCUUUUUUCAUGGGGCGCAAACACAUUCGGCCAGCUGGGAACUGGAGACAAGAACAACUGCUUUAGCCCUGUGCAAGUUAUGGCCGAUGAAGAGAGGUUUGUAGAGGUGGCAGCAUGCCAUUCGACCAACAUUUCAGCGGCCAAGACGCAGAGUGGCCAGGUGUAUAUGUGGGGUCAAUGUCGGGGUCAAGCAGUUGUCAUGCCACGCCUCACCUACUUCACCAACACAGACGAUGUGUUUGCCUGUUUCGCUUCACCACCGGUCAUGUGGAGACUGGUGUCUGUUGAGCAAAAUGACUUCCUGACAGUUGCGGAGGCACUGAGGAAAGAAUUUGACAGUCCUGAAACGGCAGACCUCAAGUUUAACGUUGAAGGCAAAUGCAUCCAUGUUCACAAAGCGGUGCUGAAGAUCAGGUGUGAGCAUUUCCGCUCAAUGUUCCGCUCCCAGUGGGUGGAAGGUCGUCAGGAAGUGAUUGAGAUCAACCAAUUCUCGUAUGCCAUCUACCGUUCCUUCCUGCAGUUCCUCUACACAGACACUGUUGACCUUCCACCUGAAGAUGCCAUUGGCCUGCUGGACUUGGCCACCUCCUACUGUGAGAGCCGCCUGAAGCAUCUGUGUCAGCAGAUCAUCAAAAGAGGAAUCACGGUCAAAAAUGCCUUCACCCUGUUUUCUGCUGCCAAACGAUUUGAUGCAGAGGACUUGGAGGAGUUUUGCUUCAGAUUUUGUAUUAGCCAUCUGACUCAGGUGACUCAGACACCAACCUUCAGUCAAGUUGACGGAAACAUGCUGAAAGGGUUCAUCAUCAGAGCAAGCUAUUGUGGAGCCUUCAGGUACUAAGUCCCUCUCAGUUAUGGUUUUUUUUUUUUUAAUGCUGGAUGAGCCGCCCAGUGGCACUUGAGAUGUGUGCAGGACUUUUAUGCUGACCACAGUCUGCCAGUCGGACUUUUUGUCUUGGCCAAGAAAACCAAACAUUUAUUUCACUUUUGUGUCAGUGUAUGGGAUCAUUCUGAUGUGGGAUAUGUUUUUAAACUUCAACAGUACGCUGUUUAAAGCAUUUAGCCCAGAACACAUGACCGCUGUAGUGGAAAUUAAAUGUUGUUUCUCUUUGACCCAAAAUAAAGAAGUAUUUGAUGUAUGUUA